AUGCCGAUCGUCGAAGCUGAACCCAAGCCUGACGCCCGAUUAAAGGGCGCCAGGUCUCUGUUCCAUAUCUGCCUCGAUCGCACCGCAGACAUGCUCGACAAGCCAGACUCUCUGGAUAUAUUCUCUACGUUAGACUGGAAGCUUCAGCAAGACCUGUUGACACACUUCUCGAACGAUCGACGCAAGAGGCAAGACAUUGAGCGACAGCAGUCGGUUGCCAAAGGCUCGGUGCCACCAAUCGACUGGGAAAAGCAGAUCGAGUUUGACCCCAACAAGAACUUCAUUCAUACUCACAAGGAGGACUUCGUCACCCAGGAUGGGCGGGACUUCCUAGACUGGGUCCACGAUGACGAUGCUGCGAGCACAUCUUUGCUGGUGAGGUACUGGUCUGACUUCCUCAGGUCGGUCAACUUGCUCAAGAGCACAGGGGUGCGAACGAAGGACUCGAUCUAUCACGAAAACGAAGUCUUGCUCACCGAGAACUCUCACGACUCUGUUAUUCGUUAUAGCGUAUGCCAUGAGUAUUUUGAGGACGGUUGUACACACGACGAGCCCGAGCAUCUUAUACUGCAUCAGCUCAUCUCCGGUCAACUUCUCUUGAAGCGUAUGAAGACUCUCAAGAAUGCUCCUGGCUGCGAAUAUAACGAAGACUCGUAUGAGCAUCCUGAUCGAAUCUCAUUGGCACAUGGUGCUCUAUUUGUGGGAGUCGACGAACACGAUGUUUGGUGCAAAUUCUGGGGCGAUGUGGAUUCAGUCAAAAGUGCAGAAGUUUAUCUCAACGCUUUAUUGAGUCGAAUAGAAGAAGAAGGGCCAUAUGAUGAAGUGGAACGGAGAGCAGCGUUUGCGAGGCGGUAUGAGGAGGUCUUGCCGACUAGAUUUCUGGAGCAGGGAGGGCGCUGA